AGCAGCCCCCCACAUCAUCGCCUUUCCUCUUCUCACCAGCCUCCUCCGACACGCAGCUAGCCCACGUAAAUUGCACCGAGACACAGACACAGGUAACAAAGGCAACAGCCAUGGCGGGAACCCGUGCCCUGUACCUCCUCGUCGCGGCUGUCGCGGCGCUCUUAGCCACGCCUGCGGCCGUGGACGCGGCCACGCUGGCGGAGAUCUGCAGGGGAACCGCGUUCCCCGACAUCUGCACCAGCACGGUGGGGAGCGAGGCGCAGAGCGCCGGGGUGUUGGACGCCAUGGCGGUGUUGCGGAUGCAGGUGGACGCGUUCAACAAGCGCACCGAGGCGGCGAGGGCGCACGUCAAGGAGGCCGCCGUGACGGCGUCCCCCAAGGCGCGGACGGUGCUGGACCUGUGCAACAACCUGUACCUGGACGUGGAGGACAACCUGGGAGCCUGCCGCCGCGCCAUCGGCUUCAAGGACGCCGUCACCAUCCGCGCCACCAUGGGCAUGGCGGCGCAGGACAUGCAGAACUGCGACGAGCAGUUCAGGCAGAUCGGCGAGAAGAACCCCAUGGAGCAGUUCGACGCGUCGCUCGUCGAGAUGUCCGAGAACUGCCGCUCGCUCUCCAACAUGAUCUGAUCGAUCUCCUUCUCCACGGACGACAACAGAGAGCCGGGCGUUUUGGGCCCUCGCAUCGUUUGUCGCCGCUGCUAACGUUCGCAUGCCCAUGCCCGCGAGCGCGCUCUCGCGCGACAAUAACUGAUGAGUUAAGUUUGUUUUGCUUUGACCAUCUCACAUCGUUAUUUCCUGUAGAGAUGCGUUAAUUUGGUCUCGGAAACGGGGAGGCGAAUUGAGGUGGAAUAUUUAUAAUUCAAGAAACACAGUUUUGGUUCUAGAAGAGGAUCGUCGAUCAUGCUGCUCUACUCGAUCUCCUCUCCUCGUUACGAUUUUAAUUACCGUUUUGUAUCUAUGAGAAGAUCUAGCAAUUAUAGUCUAUACUUUUUUAUAGAUGUUUGAGACGAUAAAGAAGACAUAUUUAGGGGUUGUUUGGUUCGUGGUUAAAUGUGUCACACUUUGCCUAAUGUUAGUCGUUCAAAUUGACGGUCUGUUUGAUUUGA